CUGCCCCCCCCAUCCGCGUGGUGGUGCCCGCGGCCGGAAGCGGCGGCGCGAGGCCGGGUUCGGCGAGCGAGGCUGGGGGUUGCCGGCAGCGCGGGGCGCUCCGCCGCCAUGAGGCACCUGCCGUACUUCUGCCGCGGGGAGGUGGUGAAGGGCUUCGGCAGGGGCUCCAAGGAGCUGGGCGUGCCCACCGCAAACUUUUCUGAGCAAGUAGUCGAAAGCUUCCCAUCUGAUAUCUCUACUGGUAUAUACUAUGGAUGGGCCUCUGUUGGAAAUGGAGAUGUGCAUAAAAUGGUUUUGAGCAUAGGAUGGAAUCCGUUCUAUAAGAAUACAAAAAAAUCAGUGGAGACACACAUUAUCCACACCUUCAAAGAAGACUUCUAUGGAGAAAUUCUUAGUAUAGCAAUUGUUGGAUAUAUUCGACCAGAAAAGAACUUUGAUUCCUUAGAUGCACUCAUUGCAGCAAUUCAGGAAGACAUUGAAGAGGCAAAAAGACAGCUAGAUCUACCAGAGCACCUUAAACUCAAAGAAGACAACUUCUUUCAUCUGCCAGGGGGCAAAAUAGUUGACAACCACUGAAAAAAAGAAAAGAGCAAACACUCUUUGUGUGUGUGUGUGUGUGUAUGCAUAUGCAUGUGUGGAGCUCUUACUUUUGCACUGCUUAUGUAGGUACUUUGUUGUCAUAUAUUUUUGGGUAACGAGUUUGGAACCAACUCGAAACUGAGUCAUGUAAAUGGAGUAAAGCUGUCCUAGGUCCUUAUUGAUACUGUCUAUCUGUCUAUCCUAAAGUUGGCACACAUGGAACAUGACCAAAGUUGAUUAUGACCUCUUCAGGCCUAGGGUAUUGCGUUCACUUAGAGAAGAGUGUCAGUUUUUAGGAUGGAGUUUACUCCCACCUCUUUUCCCAAUUUUAUAUCAUUUUUACAUUGGCGUUGUAGAUAAUAGCUUGGAAAAUGUUGAUAUUGAGCAAAAAAUUUCCUGUGGUGCAGGAAGCCAGUGAUUAGACAAGAACAAUUCUCCAUGGUUCUUGUUUUUUCUAAUAUGCUGUACAGGUGUUAUAGUUGAAACUAUCAUUUCAACUGAAAUUAUUUAUUUUAACUUUAUUUGAAUUAAAGGAAGUCACUGUUGCUCUUUGAGUUACUGGAAUCUGAGAUACAUUUCUGUACAGUUGAAAGUGCAUUUGAAGGUGCAUGACCUCUGUAGCUUCCCUCUGAGGAAGUGUGUUGCUGAAAUUCAGGAAAUGAAUGAUACGAUGAAAAUCGGUGUGCUUUGAAGUCUUAGGCUCUAAAGUCAUGGAAGUCAUACAAAAAGACUUCUGUUCUUUGGGCUCUAAGGCAGAAGAGCCACAUUUUAUUUGCUGCUGGCAGUUUUCUUACAGGAGGUGAAACUUAGGGUUUUCACUGUACUAACAACAUAUGGGCUGACUUCAAGAUUAAAGUUAGUGUAAGGCAUAGAAGAAUCCCAUCAACCCUCUGGGCCAAGUGUAGGCAACAUCUGUGGUUUCGUUGACCAAGUAGUCCAUACAAAUGAAACCCUCAAGGAAUUAAUGAAGUAAUGUAUCGACAGUAUAGUAGGAAUUGGGAAUUGCUACAAGUAAUUGCACUAUUCCCCACUCUGAAAUGUAUGCACAGCAGAGGUACUAGCAAGAUGAAUAGGAGGUACUAGAAAGAUGAAUAGGAGCAUGGAUACCACUACCUGAAGUACAUAAUGCGAGUCCAAAGAUAAAUGUGUUUCUUUCCCUGUAGAUUUUUCUAUCCCCUUCUCAGUAAGGGGAGGUAGGUAAGUUGCCACAUCUGUUUCAUUGUUGUAUUUGAUACUGGCUUAUGAUGUAAGGGGAACGUUUUCUGAAGUUGAGAAUAAUUCUGUGGUUAUGUCAGAACUGUAGUUCUGUGUCAGAAUUGUAAUCUGAGAGUGCACGAUUCUGUAAUAUAACUAUGAAUUUACUCCUUGUCCUACUCUAUUUGGAUGCUGCGUUUGAAGGUGUGAGAGGGAUUUAAGCAGAUAUCUUGCUGUGUCUUCUUUGUGGCAAGUGCUGUUACGAUGCUAGUUCCACUUAUAUUGUUUUACCUUUCAGCCAGUACCAGGGGAUAUUAUUAGGGAAGAGAGCUUGAGUGAAUCAAGGAGACUGGUUAGCUAUGUGGAAAUUAUAGAGAAACUUGAAAUCGUUUAAACUUUCAUCUGUUUUGUUGGUAGCAGGCUGAAGGCAUUGAGGAGGCACUCAUUUUCACACAAGUACUCAUUAGAGUAGAAGUUUUGAUCUGCAUUGCCAAGGUGAUGUACACACUCCUCUCCAAAGAUGCCAACUGUUUUGUCUGGUCAUGCCUGGUCAUUAAAUGCACAUCUGCCUUCCUCCUUGGACAGUCUUAGGAAGAAAAUCUGCUUAUCAGCAGUUAGGAAUACUUUCUUUAGAAUGAAAUUGGAGUUCUGUGUAACUUGUUGGGAAUUGUAUGUAAAACUCUAAAAAUCGUAUGAGAGUGACAGUUGAUUUUUUGUUUGAUUAUUUUUUUUAAAGGGAGAAUAUAUCUAGGUGAAGGUUUGAGGCAUUCUUGAAGUUGUAACAUUUUGACGUUACUACAUUUUACUCUUUUGGGGAUGAUUAAAUAGCAGCCACACUAGUCAAUGGAAUGUGUUGUCCUAUAUCUUUAAAGAAAAAAAAACAUGUUUAUCAUAGUACUGUAGCUGAGCUUUAAUAGCCUCUUUCUAAUCUUUUCCCCAGUUAAUGCGUCUGUUGUGGAAACCGUGGUGCCUUAAGCUGGUUGUCUGAGUAAUGCUUUUCUGGAUAAAUGAUGCUAUCCAAAAUUUGUUCUGGCUGUAGAACCACAGUACUGUGAGAGACAGCAAUGAGAAAGAGAGAACUUGAAAAAACUGUUAGUUUGCUCAUCUCUCAUCUGAAGUGUGAUGUAUGGUUACAACAGACUAAUAAACUGGUCUUUGUGUGUUUGUCACCAAAUGAACAAAAACAUUACUAGAUCCAUUUGGCUGAGUGUACCUGUCUGUCCAUGUUAUUUAAGAUAAAAUGUUAUGUGUCAGCUUCUUAAGCUCAGUACUUAAGUCCUAGCACAGCACAAACUUCAAGGGUUAUAUUUUUAUAUUAUAUACAAACUGUAUUUAUUUCAGUUGAUGUUGCUGCACUGUACUAUCAAUAAAGGAAUUGAAAUAGUGAA